GGCUCCCGUGUCUGGCUGCGUGAGAAUGGACAGCACUUCCCGAGCACCGUGGAGUCCUGUGCUGAGGGCGUCGUCGUCUUCAGGACUGACUACGGUCAGGUAUUCACUUACAAGCAGAACACAAUCACACCCCAGAAGGUGACCACCAUGCACCCCAUGAAUGAGGAGGGCGUGGACGACAUGGCGACCUUGAGCGAGCUCCAUGGAGGGUCCAUCAUGUAUAACCUCUUCCAGCGAUACAAGAGGGACCAGAUCUAUACCUACAUCGGCUCCAUCAUUGCCUCCGUGAACCCCUACAAGACGAUCCCGGGGCUUUACGAGCACGAGGCCAUGGAGCAGUACAGCCGGCACCACCUGGGGGAUAUCCCACCUCACAUCUUCGCCAUCGCCAACGAGUGCUACCGCUGCCUGUGGAAGCGCCAUGACAACCAGUGUGUCCUCAUCAGCGGUGAAAGUGGGGCAGGUAAAACCGAAAGCACCAAGCUGAUCCUCAAGUUCCUGUCGGCCAUCAGCCAGCAGUCGCUGGAGUUGUCCUUGAAGGAGAAGGCGUCCAGUGUGGAGCAAGCCAUUCUUGAAAGCAGCCCCAUCAUGGAAGCUUUCGGCAACGCCAAGACCGUCUACAACAGCAACUCCAGUCGCUUCGGGAAGUUUAUUCAGCUGCACAUAUGCCAGAAGGGAAAUAUUCAGGGCGGGAGAAUUGUAGAUUAUUUAUUAGAAAAAAACCGAGUAGUAAGGCAGAACCCUGGGGAGAGGAAUUAUCACAUGUUCUACGCGCUGCUGGCAGGGCUAGGAAGUGAACAGAGAGAAGAGUUUUAUUUAUCUAUGCCAGAAAACUACCACUACUUGAAUCAGUCUGGAUGUCUAGAAGACAAGACAAUCAAUGACAAGGAAUCCUUUCAGGAAGUUAUCACGGCGAUGGAAGUGAUGCAGUUCAGCAAGGAGGAGGUCCGGGAAGUCUUGAGGUUGCUCGCUGGUAUAUUACACCUCGGGAACAUAGAGUUUAUCACUGCUGGCGGGGCACAGGUCUCUUUCAAAACAGCUCUGGGCAGGUCUGCGGAGUUACUGGGCCUCGACUCAACACAGCUCACAGACGCGCUGACCCAGAGAUCAAUGGUCCUCAGGGGAGAAGAGAUCCUCACGCCCCUCAGUGUCCAGCAGGCAGUGGACAGCAGGGACUCCUUGGCCAUGGCACUUUAUUCGAGAUGCUUCGAGUGGGUAAUUAAGAAGAUUAACAGCAGGAUCAAAGGCAAAGAUGACUUCAAAUCCAUUGGCAUUCUCGACAUCUUUGGAUUUGAAAACUUUGAGGUUAACCACUUUGAGCAGUUCAAUAUAAACUAUGCAAAUGAGAAGCUUCAGGAAUAUUUCAACAAGCAUAUUUUUUCCUUAGAACAACUGGAAUAUAGCAGGGAAGGAUUAGUGUGGGAAGAUAUUGACUGGAUUGACAACGGGGAAUGCCUCGACUUGAUUGAGAAGAAACUUGGCCUCUUGGCCCUUAUCAACGAAGAAAGCCACUUCCCCCAGGCCACCGACAGCACCUUGUUGGAGAAGUUACACAAUCAACACGCUAACAACCACUUUUACGUGAAGCCCCGAGUAGCAGUCAACAAUUUUGGCGUGAAACACUACGCUGGAGAGGUACACUAUGACGUGCGGGGGAUCUUGGAGAAGAACAGAGACACCUUUCGAGAUGACCUCCUCAACCUCCUGAGAGAAAGCCGGUUCGACUUCAUCUAUGACCUAUUUGAGCACGUCUCCAGCCGCAGUAGCCAGGACACCCUCAAGUGCGGAAGCAAGCACCGGCGGCCCACGGUCAGCUCACAGUUCAAGGACUCGCUGCAUUCCUUGAUGGCCACGCUGAGCUCCUCGAACCCUUUCUUUGUUCGCUGUAUCAAGCCAAACGUGCAGAAGAUGCCCGACCACUUUGACCAGGCCGUUGUGCUCAACCAGCUGCGGUACUCGGGGAUGCUGGAGACAGUGAGGAUCCGCAAGGCUGGCUACGCCGUCCGGAGGCCGUUUCAGGACUUCUACAAAAGGUAUAGAGUGCUGAUGCGGAACCUCAUCCUGCCGGAGGACGUCCGAGGAAAGUGCACGGUCCUUCUGCAACUCUACGACGCCUCCAGCAGCGAGUGGCAGCUGGGCAAGACCAAGGUAUUCCUUCGUGAGUCCCUGGAGCAGACGUUGGAGAAGCGGCGUGAGGAGGAGGUGAGCCGGGCUGCCAUGCUGAUCCGGGCACACAUCCUGGGCUACAUGGCACGAAAGCAGUACCGGAAGGUCCUUUGCUGCGUGGUGGUGAUACAGAAGCAUUUGCGAGCCUUCCUUCUGAGGAGGAAAUACUUGCACCUGAGAAAAGCGGCCAUCGUCUUCCAGAAGCAACUCAGGGGUCAGAUCGCCCGGAAAGCCUACAGACGGCUGCUGGCCGAGAAGCAGGAGCAGGAAGAGAAGAGGAAGCGGGAGGAAGAGGAGCAGCGGGCACGGGAGGAAGCAGAGAGGGAGCGAGCGAGGAGGGAAGCCGAGCUGCGGGCCCAGCAGGAGGAAGAGGCCAGGCGGCAGCAGGAGCUAGCCACCCUGCAGCAGCGCCAGAGGGAAGCCGAGCUGGCGCGGGAGGUGGAGAAGCAGAAAGAGAACAGGCAGGUGGAAGCCAUCCUGCGCCUGGAGCGUGAGAUCGAGGACCUGCAGCGCCGGAAGGAGCAGCAGGAGCAGGCGCUGACCGAGGCCUCGCUGCAGAGGCUGCAGCAGCUGCGGGAUGACGAGCUCCGGAGGCUGGAGGACGAGGCGUGCAGGGCGGCCCAGGACUUUCUUGAGUCCCUCAACUUCCACGAGAUUGACGAGUGCGUGCGGGACAUCGAGCGCUCGCUGUCGGGGGGCAGCGAGGGCCUGGAGCCCGCGGGCAGGGACAAGCCCAGCUUCAACUUCAGCCAGCCCUACCCGGAGGAGGAGGUGGACGAGGGCUUCGAGGCGGACGACGACGCCUUCAAGGACUCGCCCAACCCCAGCGAGCACGGCCACUCGGACCAGAGGACCAGCGGCAUCCGCACGAGCGACGACUCCUCCGAGGAGGACCCCUACAUGAACGACACGGUGGUGCCCACCAGCCCCGACGCCGACACCACCGUGCUGGCCGCCCCCGUGGGCCCGGACGCCGGCAGCCUGCACACCUCGUCCAGCGGGGAGUCUGCCUACUGCAUGCCCCAGACCCCCGGCCACCUGCCCUCGCCCGACGGCGACUACGACUAUGACCAGGACGACUACGAGGACGGUGCCAUCACCUCCGGCAGCAGCGUCACCUUCUCCAACUCGUGCAGCAGCCAGUGGUCCCCAGACUACCGGUGCUCGGUGGGCACCUACAACAGCUCGGGGGCGUACCGCUUUAGCUCCGAAGGGGCGCAAUCCUCGUUUGAAGACAGUGAAGAGGACUUUGACUCGAGGUUCGACACGGACGACGAGCUGUCGUACCGGCGGGACUCGGUGUACAGCUGUGUCACCCUGCCUUACUUCCACAGUUUCCUGUACAUGAAAGGUGGCUUAAUGAACUCCUGGAAGCGCCGCUGGUGCGUCCUCAAGGACGAGACCUUCCUGUGGUUCCGCUCCAAGCAGGAGGCCCUCAAGCAAGGCUGGCUGCACAAGAAAGGUGGGGGCUCGUCCACGCUAUCCCGGAGGAACUGGAAGCGGCGCUGGUUUGUCCUCCGCCAGUCCAAGCUCAUGUACUUCGAGAACGACAGCGAGGAAAAGCUCAAGGGCACGGUGGAGGUCCGCAUGGCCAAAGAGAUCGUGGACAACACCACCAAGGAGAACGGGAUUGACAUCAUCAUGGCUGACAGGACCUUCCACUUGAUCGCCGAGUCCCCAGAGGACGCCAGCCAGUGGUUCAGUGUGCUGAGCCAGGUCCACGCGUCUACCGACCAGGAGAUCCGGGAGAUGCACGACGAGCAGGCGAACCCCCAGAAUGCUGUGGGCACCUUGGACGUGGGACUGAUUGAUUCUGUCUGCGCUUCUGACAGUCCCGACAGACCCAACUCGUUUGUGAUCAUCACGGCCAACCGCGUCCUUCACUGCAACGCAGACACGCCCGAGGAGAUGCACCACUGGAUCACGCUGCUGCAGAGGUCCAAGGGGGACACCCGCGUGGAGGGCCAGGAGUUCAUCGUCAGAGGAUGGUUGCACAAAGAGGUUAACAACAGCCCGAAGAUGUCGUCACUGAAGCUGAAGAAACGUUGGUUUGUGCUGACCCACAAUUCCUUGGACUACUACAAGAGCUCAGAGAAGAAUGCCAUCAAGUUGGGCACCCUGGUCCUCAACAGCCUCUGCUCCGUCGUCCCUCCAGAUGAGAAGAUCUUCAAAGAGACAGGUUACUGGAACGUCACCGUGUACGGGCGCAAGCACUGCUACCGGCUCUACACUAAGCUGCUCAAUGAGGCCACCCGCUGGUCCAGCGCCAUCCAGAACGUCACCGACACCAAGGCCCCCAUCGACACCCCCACACAACAGCUGAUCCAAGACAUCAAGGAGAACUGCCUGAACGCCGACGUGGUGGAGCAGAUCUACAAGCGGAACCCGAUCCUGCGCUACACCCACCACCCGCUGCACUCGCCGCUGCUGCCCCUACCCUACGGGGACAUCAACCUCAACCUGCUCAAGGACAAAGGCUACACCACCCUCCAGGACGAGGCCAUCAAGAUCUUCAAUUCCCUGCAGCAGCUGGAGUCCAUGUCCGACCCCGUGCCCAUCAUCCAGGGCAUCCUGCAGACGGGCCACGACCUGCGGCCGCUGCGCGACGAGCUCUACUGCCAACUCAUCAAGCAGACCAACAAGGUGCCCCACCCCGGCAGCGUGGGCAACCUGUACAGCUGGCAGAUCCUGGCGUGCCUGAGCUGCACCUUCCUGCCCAGCCGGGGCAUCCUCAAGUACCUCAAGUUCCAUCUCAAGAGGAUACGGGAACAGUUUCCAGGAACCGAGAUGGAAAAAUACUCGCUCUUCAUCUACGAAUCCCUGAAGAAAACCAAGAGCAGAGAGUUUGUGCCCUCCCGGGAUGAAAUCGAAGCCCUCAUCCACCGGCAGGAGAUGACGUCCACAGUGUAUUGCCAUGGCGGGGGCUCCUGCAAGAUCACCAUCGAUUCCCACACCACGGCCGGGGAGGUGGUGGAGAAGCUGAUCCGGGGCCUGGCCAUGGAGGACAGCAGGAACAUGUUCGCCUUGUUCGAGUACAACGGCCACCUGGACAAGGCCAUUGAAAGCCGGACUAUCGUGGCGGACGUCUUAGCCAAGUUUGAAAAGCUGGCUGCCACGUCGGAGGCAGGAGACCUGCCGUGGAAGUUCUACUUCAAACUGUACUGCUUCUUGGACACAGACAAUGUGCCAAAAGACAGCGUGGAGUUCGCAUUUAUGUUUGAGCAGGCCCACGAGGCGGUGAUCCACGACCACUACCCGGCCCCGGAGGAGAACCUGCAGGUGCUGGCCGCCCUGCGUCUCCAGUACCUGCUGGGCGACCACACGCUGCACACGGCCCUGCCGGCCCUGGAGGAGGUGUACUGCCUGCAGAGGCUCCGAGCCCGCAUCAGCCAGUCCACCAAGACCUUCAGCCCCGGCGAGCGGCUGGACAGGCGGCGGACCAGCUUCCUGGACGGCACGCUGCGCCGCAGCUUCCGCACGGGCUCCGCCUCGCGGCAGAAGGCCGAGGAGGAGCAGAUGGUGGACAUGUGGGUCAAGGAGGAGGUGUGCUCCGCACGGGCCAGCAUCGUCGACAAGUGGAAGAAGCUCCAGGGCCUGAGCCAGGAGCAGGCCAUGGUCAAGUACAUGGCCCUCAUCAAGGAGUGGCCUGGGUACGGGUCCACGCUCUUCGACGUGGAGUGCAAGGAGGGCGGCUUCCCGCAGGAGCUCUGGCUGGGCGUCAGCGCCGACGCCGUGUCCGUGUACAAGCGCGGCGAGGGGCGGCCACUGGAAGUCUUCCAGUACGAGCACAUCCUGUCCUUCGGGGCCCCCCUGGCAAACACCUACAAGAUCGUGGUGGAUGAACGGGAGCUGCUCUUCGAGACCAGCGAGGUGGUGGAUGUGGCCAAGCUCAUGAAGGCUUACAUCAGCAUGAUCGUCAAGAAGCGUUACAGCACCACACGCUCCGUCAGCAGCCACGGCAGCUCCAGGUGA